CUUAAUUCAAAGCGAUCGGUUCAUAUUUUAAUUCUGCUGUACGAAAUCCCAAAAUUGUAAUGAGAAUAUAUUUUUAGAACUGAUUCAAAAAUUGUGUUCAUUUAAUGAAUUUGUAGGAGCUUAAAAGACUGUCAAAAACAACGAAAAUGAUUUCUUUAAAGUUAAUAAGUUUAUUAGGAAUAAUUCUGGGAAUUUUUGGAGUAGCUGAAACUGCUAAUAUGACAGAUGCAUGUAUUAAAAAAUCUCCAAGCAUUAAAAUCAAUCAUCCGGAAAAAUCAAUUCUUCUAAGUGCUGACCAAAGAAGUCUUGUAUUUAUUUUCGAUGCAACAGGAUCCAUGCAAAAAAGUUUGGAAGAAUUUAAAAAAGGUGCUCAAGAAAUUGUGAAAGAAUGUUCCUCACGAGGUGACAAUAAAAUAUUCAACUACAUCUUGGUAACUUUUAGUGAUCCUGACGUAAGCGCGCCAUUCAUCACUGAAAAUGUGAAUGAAAUUGUUGAGGAAUUAAAAAAGGUUGAAGUUGUCUCAAGUGCGAAUUUUGACUGUCCAGAAAAUGCAUUGUCUGGAUUAAAAGCUGGUUUAGAUGGUUCACUUCCAAAUUCAAUUGUUUACUUAUUUACUGAUGCUCCAGCCAACGAUUUUGAGAUGUACAGCAAUAUCUCGGCUAUAAUUUUGAACAAGCAGAUCACAGUUAAUUUUAUAAUAUCUGAUAGUUGUGGAAAACGUGAUUACAGCGAUGAUAGAUACAAAGUGUUUACUAAAAUUAGUAAUCUUGUCAAUGGAUUGACUUAUGAGAUUCAAAAAGACAAUUUCAAUGAUAUUCUAAAGAAUAUAAAGGAAGAAAUAAAUUCAAAACACAAAUUAUUGAAGAUAAUCACAUCUGAAAGUGAUAAAAGAAUUAAUUUUAACUUUGAUGUUGAUGAUUCAGUAACAGAACUUAAAAUUACUAUGGCUGGAAGAGAUCAACAUUUUGAAAUUACAAAUCCAGAUAAUAAAGUUGCUCUGGCUAAACGAAAUUUCACUACGGACGGCAUUAAAAUCUUGUACUUUGAAGACCCAAAGAAAGGUUCAUGGAAAUUUGGCGCCAAAGAUAAUUUUGUUAUAAUCAGCGUGAUGAGCGAUUUAGAAUUUGAUUUUGGAUUCAGCAUAGAUAUCGUUGAUGAUAAAUCAGAGACAGUUCCUCAACCUAUCAGUGAAGUUGAAAAUAUUUUAUCAAUUUUCGUUCCUGAUCCUUCACAAAUUGAUCAAUUGUCGAAAGUUUCAUUGCUUGUUGCUCCUAUGGAUGAAUCAGAAAGUGCAACAGAAGUUUGGUAUAAUUUGAAUAGACAAAGUGAAGAAUUGUACACAACAGAUCCAUUUGAACUGCCGAAAAAUCCAUUCAAAAUAUUUCUGGAAGGAGAAGAUGUAAAUAGACAAGGAAUUUUAAGGACAAUUUCUUCAAUUUUAUACGAAGAUGCUGGAACUGCACCUGAAGUUAUGAUUGAAGUUGAAAACUUAGAGUUUUAUGAGGAACAAAAUUUGACAAUGCAAUGCAACGUAAAAUCCUUAGUUCCAGCUAAUAUAGAAUGGACAUUUAAUGGAGGAAUAUUAGAAAGUCUUCAUCCAAUUCAAAGGAAUGAACGCAUCCUAAACAUUAAAAACAUCACUUACGAACAAAGAGGAACUUACAAAUGCGUUGCUGUCAACGAAGUUGGUUGUGAAACUGAAGAAGUUCGUGUAGUCAUCAUCAAGAAGCCUAAAUUAGAAAUAUCUAGCUCAUCCAGUAAAAUGAUAGAAAACUCAAGUUAUAUAUUGACAUGUCAACUUAAUGGCACUAUCAAAGAACAAGAAAUUGAAUAUUCAUGGUUUUCGGAAGAUGGAAGUUUAGUGCACAAUGGUAGAAAUACAUAUUCAUUCGUUCCAAUCGCUGAAGAUAACAACAAAGUGAUCAAAUGUCAAGCAUAUUGCGAUGAUUUCACAGUUGAUAGUUUAAUAACUUUAAAUAUAAAUUAUGCUCCAAGAUUUUUGACGGGAUCAACUAAAAAUGUCAUCACUUAUGGAUCUAAAGUUAGAUUUGACUGCUCAUCGACUGAAAAUCCUCCGAAGAGUUUGCUGACAUGGAAUUUCAGAUCAAAUAGUUCAACAAAAUCAAUAGUUAUUGAUGGAAAGAAUGAAAGUAUAUUUGAAGUGCAAGAAGCUUUUGAAAAGGAUGAAGGGAUUUAUGAGUGUUUAAUAGGAAAUGAACUUGGAGAAAUCAGUAGAAAUUUUACAAUUUCCUUAACACCAAAAGAAUCCCCAAAAAUCAUGCCUGUUAAAGAUGUUGUUCUAAAUGAAACAGAAAAUGCAAAAAUAAUUUGUGAAUGUAAGAAUUGUCUACCGGUUACAAAUUAUUCCUGGAUCUUCAAUAACUCUAGAAAUUACGAAAUCCAAAUGGGUCAGAACGAGAAAGAAAACUACUUCAGAACUUUUAUUGUUUUUAAUAAUACAGAUGAAUCCGAUUCUGGUAGUUAUCAAUGUCAAAUUUCAAACUCAUUAGGUGAAGAUAAAGUCACAAUCAAUGUUAAAAUUCAAACAGCUCCGAAAAUAGAGAAGAUUUUAGUCAAAGGGAAAAAUGAGAAAGAAAUCAAUGGAAGAUUGAAUAUUCUAGAAGGAGAAGACAUAAUUAUUGAAUGUUUAGGAACAGGCCAUCCACCGCCUAAAAUAUCUUGGUUUAAUGAUAAUCAGAAGUUAUCUGAUGAUUCAAUUCUUAAGAUUACCAAUGCAACUUUAUAUAACGAAGGAGAAUUUGAGUGUGUGACUGAAAAUAUAGUUCGGACAGUUCGAAGAACUAUUCAAAUGGAUGUCAACUUCAUACCAAAAAGGAAAAGUGAAGCGAACAUUGAAAUUACAGUUACUGAGAAUGAAGAAACUGAGCUCAACUGUGAGCUGAUUGGAAAGCCAGUUCCUGAAAUAUCUUGGUAUUUAAAUUCUAAGCAAAUUAAAGAAAGUGAGAAGUAUAAUAUAAGUGGAAAUACAUUGAGGUUAUUUGCUGAUUCUGAUGAUAGUGGAUUGUAUAAAUGUAAAGGAAUGAACGAAUUUGGAAGUGCUGAAGUUGAUUUUACAGUUACAGUAAAAAGCUUUCCAAGAAUCUUAUCACCAAACGACGAGCUAGUCAAAGUUGAGAUCAACACACAACUCAAGCUUUCAUGUGAUUCAACUGGAUAUCCAGUCCCUCAAAUUAAAUUUGUUAAAAAUAAUAUAGAAAUUUCAACUGAAUCAACAUUAACCAUUGAAGCUGUUGCCCAAUCAGAUGCUGGAAGUUAUCACUGCUAUGCAGAAAAUGAAGUCAGAUUAGUUGAGAAAAUAUUCUAUGUCUCAGUAAUACAAAAGCCUUUAAUAUCAUCUAUUUUCAACAAUAUCACACUUUACCCAAAUCAAACAAAACAACUGAACUGCUUGGCUGAGGGAAUUCCAGAACCAAACUAUAAAUGGAAGUUAAACAAUAAGGAACUACUUAGCAGUGAGAAUUUUAUUAAUUUAGAUACAUAUUUUGAAAGUGGCAAAAUAUCUUGCAUUGCUGAAAAUUCCGAAGGAAUUGCUGAAAGUUAUUUUUAUCUUGAGAUCAUUAACAUCCCAAAAUUACAUGAUCUUGCACAUGAGCUUCAAACUAAUUUUACAAUUCGAGAAGGAGAUGACUUAGAACUUUUAUGUCCAGUUGAAAAUUAUACCAUUAUUAAAUGGACGCAUAAUGGAUCUCCAUUUAAGGUUCCAGAUUUUAAACAAGCUGGCAAGAAAUUAAUUAUUUACAACAUGAAGAAAUCAAAUUCUGGUCUAUGGACUUGUUCUGCAUAUCACACAAAAAAUGCUACCAACUUUUCAUAUAAAGUUGUUGUCUUAUCGCCACCAAUAGUCUUAGCUAGUUGGAACUUUAACAGCAGCACUGUUGAUUUCGACAAAAAUGAUGCAGAUAUUGAUCAGAAAGUUUUCUGGAAAGGAGAAAAUUUAGUUCUGAACUGUACAGUUGAUGGAUAUCCAGUGCCGAAUGUUGAAUGGAGAAAAGGAAGUGUUUUGAUUGGAAGAGGAGAAGUCUUGUCAGUUGAUAAUUUGCAGCUAUUCCACAGUGACAUUUACUCCUGUUUAUCUGAAAAUAAGCACGGAAUAGUUAAGAAAUACUUCAAAGUCGAUAUCUUAUCUAGUCCACAUGUCAAUGAAUCAGCUAAAGUAGUGAAUAAUGUCUAUGGAGCGUCAGGUGAAAGUGUGACGAUUAAAUGUCCAAUUAUUGGAAAUCCUGAACCUCUUUUUAGUUGGUACAAAGAAGAUGAACUUUUGGAAGAUGAAAUUGAGAACUUUUUAAUUAUUGAAGGAGUAAAGCUAUUUGAUGAAGGCAGUUAUCGUUGCUUAGCUAGAAAUAAAUAUGGGAAGCAUAAUAUUAAUUUUGAUCUCACUCUAAAUGAGCCUGCUCAAAUUUUGGAAGUAUUCGAACAAGAAAAAGCUCAAAGAGAUGACGAAUUUGUCACAAUAAGUUGCGUAACUGACGGAUAUCCUCUUCCAGUCAUUUCUUGGAUAUUGAAUGGAAAAGUUUUGUCUACAACAUCUAAUUUAAAGAUAAAUGAAGUUCUUAAUGGAACUGAUGACAGCUUUUUGUAUUUUGAUGGAAAUGGAAACGAAAUCAGCUACUCAGAUCCAUCUGCACUGAAUAUUUCUAGCAGAGAUCAUUAUUCGAAGCUCAUAAAAACUGAUAAAAAAUCUUUACAGCUUGAUCUGCUGAUUAGGAACAAUAAAGACAAUUUGCAUCUGAAAAAAUUCUAUUGCAAUGCUUUUAAUGCUUUGGGUCAGGAUGAGAAGUCUGUCGAAACAGUUUAUAACCAAGAACCAUACAUUGAAGAAAAGGACAUGCCAAAGCUAACUGAAUACAAAGUUUUAGAGCAUUUACCAUUACAAUUGACAUGCAUGUUUGAUGGAUAUCCAGUUCCAGAUGUAUUUUGGUAUAAAGAUGGCAUUCAAAUUUUUGAUAAUCAGACUCUGAAGAUUGUAAAUGAUGGAAAAAUACUAAAUAUCCCAGAGGCGGUAUUUUGGCUUACUGGAAACUACUCAUGUGUUGGCAAAAAUAAAAUUGGAACGAUGCAAUUGACAUUUGAUGUCCUUAUUUUGUCACCUCCAAGAAUUAUGACUUCUCCAAAGAUAUCUGAUUCAUCGAACGAAGAUUUUAUGCCUGAAAAUAUAGAAACAAUAGAAGCAAUUCGAGGCGAAGAUGUGAUUUUAGAAUGUUCAGUUGAAUCAUCACCAAAAGCUAAAAUUCAUUGGAUUAAAUUGAACAAUUUUGGAUCUUCCAAUGAAAGAAUACUGUUGGACGAGGAAUCAAGUAUCUUUACCGUCCAAUCAAUUGAAGGAAACGAAAUUUACCAAUGUUAUGCAAACAACUCUGUUGGCUUCAUUCAAAAAACCUUUGUCUUAAAUGUUUUUUAUCCACCUGCAUUUAUUGACAACAAAAGCUCUGAUGUAGACUUGAUAGUUAAGCUUCAUCAUAAAUUGAUAAUGGAAUGCAAAGUUGAUGGAUUUCCUGAACCACAGACCUACUGGUCAUUUAACUCAAAGAACAUAACGGAUUUCGGUAAUGGACGAUAUUUAUCAUCAGACGAUCAAGUUUUAAGAAUAAUCAAUACAAAUAGGAACAGUGAAGGAAAGUUCACAUGCAUUAGUUUUAAUAGAUUUGGACAAGUACAAAAAAGUUUCAAUAUUAAAAUUGAUAUUCCAAUCCAAUAUUCUCUUUGGUCAAAAUGGUCAGAAUGCAGUGAAUUUUGUGGGACAAAUGGAACUGAAUAUCGUACUAGAACUUGCAUAUUACUUGAUGAAAUUCCAUCCUACAACUGUACCGGAGAUACUCUUCAAAUCAGGAAAUGUAAUGAGUUUCCAUGUCCAAUUAAUGGUGGCUUUAGUUCUUGGUCUGACUGGAGUGAAUGUCCUGCAUGUUAUGACGUGCUUAUUACUGAAAAACCAAAACAAAACAGAAAUAGAAGCUGUGACUCACCUGAACCUGCUUAUGGUGGUCUGAAUUGUGUAGGCGAUAGAACGCAAGAACGUGAAUGUGAAAUAGAAACCUGUCAAAUAGAUGGUGGAUGGAGUUCUUGGUCUGAUUGGAAUGAAUGCCCAAAAUGUUAUGACUCAUUAAAAUCAGAUAAACCCAAACAAAAUAGAACAAGAGUUUGUGACUCUCCAAGCCCAGCACAUGGUGGUCUUAAAUGUAAAGGAAGUGAAAUAGAGGAACAAGAAUGUGACAUUAAAGCUUGUCCUGUUGAUGGAGUCUGGAGUUCUUGGUCAACUUGGAAUGUUUGUCCUGCAUGUUAUAUUGAAAAUGAAGGAAUUCCAAAACAAUCAAGAACCAGAAAAUGCAAUUCACCAUCACCUCAAUAUGGAGGUUCUAAAUGUGAUGGAACUGAAAUAGAACAACAAGAUUGCAAAGAAAUGAAGUUCUGUCCAAUUAAUGGAGGAUGGAGCAAAUGGUCUGAUUGGUCUGGAUGUACUGCCGUUUCCGGACAUGGUACUCAGUAUCGAAUUAGAUAUUGCAAUAAUCCUGAACCAAAAUAUAAUGGUAACGAUUGCAUUGGACUUCCACAAGAAAAGCGAAGCUGUGAAGAAAUAUCUUGUGAUGAUGAUGAGACUAUUGAAGCUACUAGAUCAGAGAGGCUUGCUUUGCCACAGCAUAGCUUCAUUUAUCCUCGAAGGAAAACGAAUCGAACUCAAGUAAAAUGUGGCAGAGGCUACAAGGCUAAUUUACAAAAUAGGUGCAUUGACACUGAUGAGUGUCGAGAAUGCAAUAAUAGAAAAUUAUGUAACAAAAAUGAAAUAUGCAUUAAUUCUAUUGGAUCUUAUCGAUGUCGAGAGCUUUAAUAAACUUUUCUGAUAUGUUCUAAAAUUUUUACCUAAUUUACAAGUUUUGAAUUUAAUCCAAUAAUCGAUUUAGAAAUGCUCAACUCAUUUUGAAUUUCAUCAUGUUCAAAUAAUUCUAUAAUACAUUUCGAGUAUUUAGAUCAUACCAAAAUAAAUAGGAGAACUCGUUG